AGCACACCUAGAAAAUCAUAUGGAAAAGGUCUCGUGAAAAAGUUUCCGUUAAAAGUCAAGGAAAAAGUCAGUUCAAAUCCAAAUCAACGCGGCAAAAGUCAAAUUCCGAGAGCUUCGCCGAACAGUGGAUAUGAAUUUCAGGAUGCUUCCGAUUCUGCGCUGAAUCGACCCGAUGAAGAAGAUAAUUACGAUAACAAUUCCAGUGAUGAAUUCGAAAUAUCGAAUGUAUCGCCAUUGGAAGACGCGUCUGAAAAGCUCAACAACAAUAAUGCUGAUGUCAAAGAUUCAGAGUUGAACUUGGAAGAAAUCAAUUUCUCUCCUAUAAAUCCAUUCGAAGAAUCUCUCGACGACCAUUCAGAAACUAAACAAGAAGAUGAACUUGAUUCUCUAAAAAAUAAUGAAGCUUUGGUCGAGGAAGAACCACCAGUCGAACAAUUCAAUGCUACCUUGGAUCCUGCUUCUGAGCUGAAAUUCGAAAUAGAAAAUAAUCAACAAGAACAGGUUCGCAUUUUACCCGAUCUUGGUUCUUAUGAAUCUAUCACGGAGCAAUCAAUUUUCGAGGAAGUUUAUGAUGCUGCCGCAAAUACUCUUGCAGAAUUCAUUAAAGUCAUCGAGUUAACAGUUCUCGAUGCAUCCAGAUCGUUUCGUGUUGCUCCUAUAAAAAUUGGAUUCUAUGCUGAUGGUACGGAACCAAAAUUGUACAGUGGAACUAGAAACCUGGAUAAUUCGAAAUUUUCCGAAUUUGUCGAGAGCGGAUACUAUAUGUUGGAGAAUUGUUAUCCUCAUAUAGAAGAACAUCUCCAAACUAUAUUUCCCUGUUCUGAAGUUACUUGUGUCGCAGGAGAAGAUUGUAGCACUAUAGUUAUCAGUAAGUUUAUGAAUUCGAUGGCAGUUCUUAGGCAUUUAAAAAAGAGAAGGAUCGGAUGA